UUUCCUUUAUUUUAUUGCUUAUAAGUAUAGUUGUAUACAAUCAUGUCAUCUGCAACAGCAUUCUUGUCUGCCGUCGAGGCGCGACGUUCCAUAUACAACUUGACGGAUGCAAGCCCUAUCUCCGACGAGAGAAUCAAGGAGAUCGUGUCUCUCGGUAUCAAGAAUGCCCCCAGCUGUUUCAAUGUGCAGUCAGCUAGAGCGGUUAUCCUCCUCGGGGAUGAGCAUAAGAAACUGUGGGAUAUCGGUGACAAGGCCCUCAAGGAGGACUUGCCGGCUGCGUAUGAUGCGCUGGCGCCGAAGGUGGCUGGUUUUCGCGCUGCUUAUGGCACUGUCCUCUGGUUCGAAGAUGAGGCCGUUCUCACAGCUCUACAGGAGAAACAACCUGCAAUUAAGCCGCUAAUUGGGGAGUGGUCUGACCAUGGAAGCGGAAUAAACCAGUUUAUAGUGUGGACUGCGCUUGAACAAGAAGGUCUCGGUGCUAAUCUGCAGCACUACAACUUCAGCCCGUACUUUGCUCGAAACGUGAAGGAGCAGUGGAAUCUCCCGGCAACGUGGAAGCUGAAGGCACAGUUGGUCUUUGGAAAGCCUGGAGGUGCAGGCCCGAAAGCGAAGACGAUCAAUCCAGUUGAGGAGAGGCUGCGGGUAUUUGGUUCGUCCUGAGGUAUGACAUCGAAUGGCCUCUAUUCGGUGCGAGGAUGGUCAGAGACGGGUUGGUUGACAUUGCCUCUUCCUCCUGAAUCGGAAGAUGGGCUUUGCAUCCCAACUAGCAGUUAGAUUAAUGGACGGGAUAUAGUACUGAAUGAUAUGCAAAUUCGGUCAUCCACGGACAACCAAGCCAUAAAACGACACGAUCGACGGAAU